AGUGGGGAGAGCAGGAGGAUGUGGGGGGAAGAAACAGGAAUUAUUUUGCCAUCGCUGUUACAGUUUUGCAAGUAAUUUUAAUCCAUUUGUUGUCGUCAUCAUCAUGGCUUUUUUUUGUGAUGGUACUCGCCAGUAGGGAGUACUGGCACCUCUUUUUUGGCUCCCCAUGGCAGCACCCACAGCACUUUUAUCAAGAUAGGAGUACAGGCGCCUCAUUUUUUACCAAAAAAAAAAAAGGACUGAUCAUCAUCAUUUACUUUUUUGAGUAAGCUGUUUUGGGAACAUUUUUGAAGGGUGAAGUAAAAACCUUUCAAGCAAACCAAGACGAAGCCUUAGAAUCUUCUUACACUAUCAGGCCGAUGGGUAUAUAAAUAAUAAUACAUGGGAAUAUAUGGGGAAAGAAUAAGACAGUGUCUCUGGGCAUGUGUAGAAUGUGUAACCCUUGCCACUGAGUUAACUGCAGCCUCUCUGGCCUCUCUGCCUGCUUUUCAAAAGAAGGGCUUCCAGCCAGGAAUUCUUUAGAAAUUAAGCAAUGUGUGGGGUUGAGGUGGAUGGGGGUGGUUGUUUUCCUUUCCCCGGGCAAAGUCUCCCACGUGGGCAGGAUACGGUUAACUGCAGCCUGACACCCUCCUUCCCACCCUGCCCCCUUUUGUUUCCUGUAAGUGACACCCCGGCACCCUUAGCCAAUGGCUGGGUGGUGUAACAGGAGCUGUGGAGCUGUCCCAGGGGGAGGCCUCUUGGCUUCUUUGAUGGGCUCCAGAAGAAACUUUUCCACCACUACCACCUCCCUUCCUUUCGCUAUCUCCAGCUUCUCUGCAUCCCUGUUUUAUUUCCUUCCUGGCUUCCCUGCACCUCCUUCAGGAUCCAAUAUCUGCAAAGAAAAAAACCUACCCUAAUUCCCUCUGGGGUAUAUUUCAGCACCCCCGAAGCGCCUGCAGCAACCCCACCCCCUUGCCCCUCCCUUCUCUCUCUCCUCCUGACUUUUCUGAUCUUCCUCUUUUGAGCUUCUGUUAUUUUUAACCCGUUCCUGGGACUGACCUUUUGCUAGCCACACUUCCCCCCCCCAUCCCCUUCCUUUGCCAGCCCCAUUCUUGAACCCCUGCCCCCCUCUUCUGUGCUGAACUUGCACCAGUCCUGCACCUUACCUUUGCUGUGCUGGCACACUGUCCUCUUUCCCUUGCUGCAACCUGUUCAUUCUUGAGCUGAAGCGUUUUCUGAAUCUAGCACUGCUGGCGCUGCCCUCCCUUGCACACACACAUGCAACCCAUGGCGAUGCUGCUUGGAAACCUCCUUUGCCUGCUGGGUUGGGGCUGCCUCUGCUCCCUGUGUUAAACGGAGGGACUGCCCAACGCAGACGCUCCUCCAUCUGGACAGGAUGCUGAGCCCCACGUACAAGCAGCGCAAUGAGGAUUUCCGCAGGAUCUUCAAAGGACUGCCUGAAACUGAACGGCUCCUUGUGGAUUACUCCUGUGCGUUGCAGCGCGACAUCUUGCUUCAAGGGCGGCUCUACCUGUCGGAGAACUGGAUCUGCUUUUACAGCAACAUCUUCCGAUGGGAGACCACGAUCUCCAUCCAACUCAAGGAGGUGAAAUGCAUCAGGAAAGAGAAGACAGCCAAGCUGAUCCCCAACGCAAUUCAGAUCUGCACAGAGACUGAGAAGCAUUUCUUCACAUCAUUUGGCGCCCGUGACCGCUGCUUCAUGCUGAUCUUCCGCCUCUGGCAGAAUACGCUCCUGGAUAAGACUUUGUCCCCUCAAGAGCUCUGGCACAUUGUCCACCAAUGCUAUGGCUCUGAACUUGGCCUCACCAGCGAGGAUGAUGAUUACGUCUCUCCCAUCGAUGAGAUCAAUGGUUUGGGAAGCCCCAAAGAGACAGGGGACGUCAUUGACCUGAGCGACUUGACUUCCCGUUGCAGCACAGACCUCAAGCUGGAUACCAGCCCCCUCCUGGACAAAAGGGACGCCAGCCAGAGCAUCAACUCACUGGCCAGCAGUAGUGAUGGGACCACCUCGCUGGCAGAGGACCCAGAUGAGAAUACUGACAGCCAAGUGGAUGCCUCUUCCAGUCACACAGUGACCUCAGCAACAGAACCUCCCAGAGAUGAUUUGCCACAAGGGCCACUAGUGCCCCCUCUGGAGGGGGAUCCACUUCCCAGCGAGGAGCUCCUGACAGACAUAAGCAAUUCUUCUUCCUCCACGCAAGAUGAAGCUGAGGUGGAUGCUUUCUUUUCUGACCUGCCUGGGCGGUUGCUCAUUAACACCGUUUAUCACGUUGGAGCUGAAAGGCUGCAGCAGAUGCUCUUCAGUGACUCCCAAUUCAUACACAACUUUUUGGACCAGCGCAAGUUCACAGAUGUGACACUGACUUCGUGGACUGGCGACAACAAGUGCCACCAAAGCCGCGUCAUCACCUACACCAUCCCCAUCAACAACCCACUGGGUCCCAAGGCUGCAGCUGUAGUGGAGACCCAGACUCUGUUCCGUGCCAGUUCCAAGAGCGGGGGCUGUGUGGUUGACUCGGAAGUGAUCACGCAGGGCAUUCCCUACCAGGACUACUUCUACACAGUGCAACGAUACUGUAUCACUGCCAUGGCCAAGAGCAAGGCUCGACUCAGAGUCUCCUCUGAGAUUCGGUACCGGAAACAGCCGUGGAACCUAGUGAAGACGCUCAUUGAAAAAAACACCUGGAGUGGUGUUGAAGAAUACUUUCAGCACUUGGAGCUGGCGCUGGUGCAAGCAGAGAAGGCCCUGAUAGAAGAAAGCUGCCACGGCAAAGAGCCACGGGGGCUCCUGUCUGGACUGCGUCGGCGGAAACGCACCCUGAGCUGGAGAGCCCCACAUGUUGAGCCCCCACUCCCCACAUUGCCUGAUGGUGAUGGGGCAGCCCGCUCCAUCCGCCCAUCAGGCAGCCUGACCUCGCGUCUCUCGGAGCAGCUCUCGGAGCAAGGCCAAGGCCAAACUGUCUCCACUGUGAUCCUCAUCAUCAGCCUGGUCCUUGUGGUUCUGGUCAUCUUGAACAUGAUGCUGUUCUACAGGCUCUGGUCUCUGGAGCACACAGCCCGCACCUUUGAAUCCUGGCAGGCGUAUGCACUCUCCAAUGGAAAGCUUCCACAGACAGCAUCCGAAUGGGCUGAGAUCCUUGAACUGCAGAAGCGGUUCCACAGUGUGGAGGUGCAGAAGUGGAAACAGAUCCUCAAGGCCUCAGUGGAGCUUCUAGAUGAGAUGAAAAUCUCCCUUGAGAAGCUGCACCAGGGCAUCACGGUGGCCGAACCCCCGUUGGAGCCAGAGUGAAACCAUGACAACUCCCUCUCCUGAGGGUGUUGCUGGGUUUGAGGAGACGAUUCUGGACCUGCCUCAGAAGCUGCUGCUGGAUCAUGGCACCCACAUCCCAUGGCUGUAUGUGUGUGUGUGUGUGAGAGAGGAGAUGACACCACACUCCUCCCCAUGCUCAUCAGCUGGACCUUAGCCUCAAGAGUGCCAGUGAUGGAUUUCAUCACCACCACUACUUUCCUGCUUCAGGGAUCUUUUGCCUGGAGCAUCUUCCUCUUCUCUUUUUCUCUCUGAGGGUCUCUGCAGUGACUUUGCUUUAUCCCCCUCCCCCUUUAAGUGCUAUUUAUAUUCCUCACAGGACCCCAGAGAGCUGUUGACUUCUGCUACUCCAGCACCCUUGGUUUCUUUCCAGCUGUUGUUCAAGAGUGUGUGUGGUGGGAGGAUAGGAAGAUUUAAGAGGAUGGACUCUGGUGCUUAUGUUUGCCUUGUGUCUUGAGACAGCUGGGACAGUAAUGACCCAUAUCCCCUCCACGUUGACGGCAACAAGGACCUGGCUCUGUGAUUCCUUUUUCGCUCACAUACACACUACUAAUGUGUGACUUGUUGGGUGAAGGGAAACCUGAGUCUCCAGUGAAUUCCUUCCUACUGUUCCCAUCCUUUGGUGAGCCUGAUUGUUUUAUUUAAAGGGAUCUUCUCAACAGUGUUACCUCUGACAAAAGGGGGGAAAGGGCAGGCGUGGCCCUUAAUAUUACAUUGCCAUAUAUCCGACUUUCAAAAGUCAGAGAGUGCUGCUAAGGCCCUGUGAGUUCUGCACUUAUCGCCCAUGUGGGAGUUAGCUUAAAGCAGGGGUGGGGAAAACUGCGGCCCUCCAGAUGUUGCUGGACUCCAAAUCCCAUGCUCCCUGACUGUUUGCCAUGCUGGCUAGGGCUGACGGGUGGAGUCCAACAACAUCCGGAGAACCGCAGGUUUCCCCAUCCCUGGCUUGACAGCAUGUCCAGGCAAGUGAGCCAGACAGGGAAGCAACUGAGGUGCCUCUGUCGUCUGGAGGUUAAACCCACCGGUCAUUCCAUUGACGCCAGCCUCUGCAUUUCCAUCCUGUGUUGGUGGGCUUAUCCCAGUCCAGACAGAAAGGUACCUGACUUCUGGAGGUUUCUGCUGUGUUUACCACAACAAAAAUGCCGAACGAAGCAUUUGGGAGAUGGUCAUCUGGAUGAGUGCAGAAUGGUGACUGGUAGUCAGGGCUCCUGGUUUGUUGUUUUGUCCCAUGUAGAUAGCACCAUUCUUCAACUCCAGGGCUCCUUUGCCUCAUUCCUCCUAGGCCAAUCUCCCAGGCAACAAAUGGGCCUUACCACAGCUUAGUUAUACUAUUACUUUAAAAUGGAGUUUCACUGCCAGUCUGGACCCCCAUGUGCCCUUGAGGGGGGUCUCUAAUCUUGAAAUCUGCCCCCUCCUGGGGAGGGGUGUGUGUCUGCCAGCCCUGUGUUCUCUCUCCCACCCUCCCAAGAGCUCUGGAGGUCUAGGUUUUUGACCCCCCUCUUCUCUCCCCCCUCCCACCAGUGUUGGGGUUGGGGGAUUCCCCCAGUUUUGUAGCUGUGUUCAGUGUUAACGUUCCUUUGUGUUCAAGGUUCCUUUGAGGUGCUGGAGCUUAUUUAUUAAGGAGCGGAAUAAAGACCGUGGAUCGGA